CAGCCGCGCCGGCCGCAGUCCCGGGGUCUGGGCAGAAUGUGCCGGGGGGCGGAGCCGCUGUGUCCGCUGAGCGAGUGAAGAGCCGCAGGUGGUUCCCGGGCGCAGGCUCGCGCGGCAGCCCGGGACCGCGGAGGUGUAGACGGUAGAGAGCCCCGGCCUUGGAGCGCGUCGCCCGGCUGCCUCCAUCGCGUCACCUCCUCCGACGCCGCGAGGGCCGGGCCAGAGCUCCCGCCGACGGGGCCCCGUGCCCGGGGCACGCACGGGCCUCGCUCCAUGAUUCAGAAGGCACGCCCGGCGCUGCUGCAGCCUCAAGAUGUCGGAGACAGGAUGGAGACGCUCAUGCUGCACCCGGUGAUCAAGGCUUUCCUGUGUGGCUCCAUCAGUGGCACCUGCUCUACCCUUCUUUUCCAGCCCCUGGAUCUCCUCAAAACACGCCUGCAGACUCUGCAGCCCUCAGCCCAUGGGUCCAGACGCGUGGGGAUGCUGGCUCUGCUCCUGCAGGUGGUCCGCACUGAGAGUCUUUUGGGCCUGUGGAAAGGGAUGUCCCCUUCCAUUGUGAGGUGUGUCCCUGGCGUUGGCAUCUACUUUGGCACUCUGUACUCUCUGAAGCAGUACUUCCUGCGAGGCCAUCCUCCCACUGCCAUGGAGUCAGUCAUGCUGGGGGUGGGCUCUCGUUCAGUUGCAGGGGUCUGCAUGUUGCCCAUCACUGUGAUCAAGACACGGUACGAGAGUGGAAGGUAUGGCUAUGAGAGCAUCUACGCAGCCCUGAGGAGCAUCUAUCGCAGUGAAGGGCACCGGGGCCUCUUCAGUGGCCUGACAGCGACACUCCUUCGUGAUGCUCCCUUUUCUGGAAUCUACCUAAUGUUUUACAACCAGACCAAAACCAUCGUGCCCCAUGACCAGUUGGACGCAGCCCUCGUCCCCGUUGUACAUUUCAGCUGUGGGAUAUUUGCUGGUAUUCUGGCCUCACUGGUGACGCAGCCCGCAGAUGUUAUCAAAACCCAUAUGCAGCUCUCCCCAAUGAAAUUUCGGUGGAUUGGCCAGGCUGUGACAGUCAUCUUCAAGGACUAUGGGCUGCGUGGCUUCUUCCAAGGCGGUGUCCCCCGGGCCCUCCGCAGGACGCUGAUGGCUGCCAUGGCAUGGACAGUCUAUGAAGAGAUGAUGGCCAGGAUGGGCCUGAAGUCCUGACCCAGAGGGGCACUGGGAAAAGAUGGGAUCUGUUGCCCUGCCUGGUUUCAGCCCAGGGCUGCUGCAUCUCACUAUCCCGGAGUGAGGUGAAGUCCCAUCUAGAAAGCCAGGCAGAUAUGUCACCUUGGUACCCAGUUCAAGUAGAGAAUAGAUGGGCCUGACUCUGCCUUCAGAAUCUCCCUAAAGAGGAGUCACUGAGACAUACAGCAUGUUGGGGAGUUAGGAGAAGGGUUUGCACACCCUGCCAGGCUACUUGAAAGUAUUUCCCAGGAGAGAGCUCUGUCGGGGGUCUCUGCUCCAGCCACCCACCUACACCAUGGUGCCUCUUUGGGUCUGUUCUUGGGCAAGGAAUCCAAAGCCACAGAAAUUGUGGGCUGCCCACAGUGGCUG